AUGUCAGCAGGAUCCUUAAAAGAACUCUCAAAAACCCUGAACAACGCAUUAUCAGCCCCUCUACCUCUGUACCCUCUACCCGAUGAUGUCCUAGGCGUCAUCAAUGCGUAUCUCAACAAGCAUAUAAAUACGGAAGAUCACGACUCCCAGCGUCUUCAUGAUGAGCUGUUAGCUUUGCAUGAACUGAAGGUCCGAAAUAACCCUGAUAAGCACGCUGCAUUUUUGGCAUGCUUCCGUUCACUUAGACCAGCUAUUGUUGGUGUAGAAAGGCUUCUUAAAUGGUGGGAGAUACUUGUAAGGCCAACAAUGGACUCUAUGGGUCAGGCAAAAGCAGUUGUGGCAGAUGCUCGGGCAAUAGUGUUGAGCGUUUUGGCAUACGACGACGAUGAUGAUCCGACCAUGGAGAAAGCGGCAGCUUCAGCAGUGUUUACGGAUAAGCUCUUUGAGGUAUUCCUAGAGAAGACGAAGCUACUCUCGUUGGAUAGAGGCGCUGGGUAUAGGGAGGAGCAGAGACAAAGAUUUGUCUGUGCAAAUGUUGAGGCUGUCUUGUUGGCAUUCGGGAAAAGGCGACCUAAGGUUCUCCUCGAAAAAAUCGAUGGCUAUGUUAUCCAAAAGGAAUACAGGUUACAGGCUUUGGGGCUAUUAUGUAGUUUUGUACGACUACAAGGACCGCAUCUCUACCAGAUUCUGCAGACACAGUUACUCGAUCAUUUGCUUCAGUGCCUAGAGAAUGACACAUCCACUACUGUCAUAUCACUUGCAUUGACAGUGUUGAUUAUGUUCAUGCCACAUUUAUGCAACUCCUUAGCUUCCUAUCUUCCAAGGUUAUUUGUGGUUUACACACGGGUCUUAUGCUGGGAUAAGUUUGGGGUUGUGCGCCUUGAAGAGACACGAUUGCCUGGUCACAAGGACAAUUAUUCAAGGACAUCAACCCCUCUAUCCUUCGCCAGGACUGAGAAUUCUACUGAGGGUGGGUGGCAAAAACUGGAUUCUUCUUUUGAAACAGCAUCAUCUACAACACCAGAUGUGAGCGACUAUUUUACGUUUCUUUAUGGAUUAUAUCCUAUCAACUUCUUGACGUUUAUCCGGGAACCUUAUAAAUUUUUAGAGCGCGCGGAUUAUAAAGACAUUGAUCAAUUGGAUAUUGAGGAGGAGACCAUAAGACAGCGAACGGAGUUUUAUCGGCAACGGCAUACUCUGCAUCCAAAUUUCUUGGUGCUGACUGCCGAGACAGAAAUCAGUGACCAGACUAGAUGGAUGAAGGUCGAACCUGCAGAUGUAACGGCAGAAUGUAUUGGUCUUGUUAACAGUAAUCUCCCUAUGAGUGCCGGUCGGGAGAAGAAGCAGCGGUCGAAUGCUAUUAUUCCGGAGGCAUUAAUCCCGACUGAAGACAUUCCUGAUGAAAGUCUUUUGUCUUCGGAUCCCCUCACGAGUGGUUGGAUUCGGGCGCCGGGAAUCCCCGGACCCUCAUUCAAGAGACAACAAGACCCCGACAGCCCAACAAUCCCGCCUGCACUUUCUCCUACUGAUGAGGACCGGCUUGACGACAUGCUGCGAUUACAAGAAACAUUACGAUCAAAUUUUUCUGAUUCAAAGACGCUUUCAACACACUCCUUGGGUCAGCCAAACGGACCGCCACCUACUGGCCACCCCCCUGGGCCUCCCCCUGGUUAUGGCAGCGUCACAGCGUCACCUCGUUUAGAUGCAUAUGUCCAUUCACUCAGUCACAAUACUGUCCCAAGGUCACCUGCACUUCGGCCUACUGGUUCAGAUACCCAAGGAAAUGUAGCAUUUCUCCAACGUGAAGUGAUGUUAUUGAAGAAUGACCUCAACUUUGAGCGAUAUCUCAAACAGCAGCAUCUAUCACACAUCGGUCACCUACAGAGGAAACACAUCAAGGAAGCUACAGCUGAAGCGGAAACCCAGAACCUAAUCAAUACGAACAAAACAUUGAAAGCCAAGUUAGAGGAAGCAAAGAAAGCAUAUGCAGCUGCGAGGGCAGAAUCUCUGAAGAGUAAGAACCAAGCAAAGAAAUGGGAGGCGGAACUCAGCAGUAGGAUAAGAGAUUUGCGUGAGGAGCAGAAGGCAUGGAGGAACGAAGAAGAGACGACGAAAAAAGCGCUAAUGGCAGCAAGAGAAGAGGCCGAUCACUUACGGACCCUACUAGCGGAAAGUGAGGCGGAAGGUCUUGUUUGCCGCCAAAAACUUCAAGCUCUAACGGCAGACAUGGAUGAGGUUAAUAAAUUGCGAACGUUUGUCGAUCACCUCUCAAACAAACUCACAGAAUAUGAAGCUCGCUCGGACGAGUUCGAGAUGCAGAAGCAUAAUGAGGAGUCAGCUAUGGCGCAAGUCAACCAAAUGAGGCUGAGGUUACAGGCUCGAGAGCAUGAGAGCCAAAAUACAAGGCGUCAAUAUGACGCCAAAAUUCACGAAUUGGAGUUGAAGCUCAACCAACAGCCUCACCCCGCUUCUUUUCAGAAUUCCCCAGCUAUCCAGGGCAUGAUAGACAAUGCACUUUCAGGAGCAAAUUCUCGCUUGGCAUCUCUAAAAAAAGCUCAUACCGCACUCCUCAACAAAUAUACUGAAUUAGAGAUUAAGUUUAUCGAACUUCAGGCAGCGCAGGAAAUUGAUAGUCUUCCCGUGCACCAUAACACUCUAAAUAGCCAUCGUCUUUCUCAACAAUAUAACCAUGGCCAACCUAGUGAGCCAGAUGUUGAAAGGGCCCACUACCAGACACCACGUGCACAUUAUCACUCUGAGGGAUCGUUAAGUCCACAUUCAACCAGCUACUCAGAGUCGACAAAUAGCAACUAUUCGGCGACGGGUCAGAACAUACAUUUCCCAUCCCAAACACAAAGUGCCCCACCUUCGUCUACGAAUCCGCUAUCUCCUGGGUACAUUUCACCCGGGGCACAUACAGCCAUAGGCAGUGGAAAGUUUCCUGGGGAUACAAUAAGCACAGAACAAUCGCCCGAAUUCGCGACAACACCACCCUUGAGGCAUAGGCCAUCCGUGGUUGAUAGUAUGAUUUCUAGCGCUGAUAGCCAGAGUAUGAGAACUGUUACUUCGACUACGUCUUCAGAAAAGCGGAGGGAAAGAAUCAAACCGCAAUCUGAGAUUAGAAUUCGUGGGAGAGGAGGCGUUCAAAACAUCGGCAAAAAGGAUAAAGAGAAAUCAGAAAAGAAGGAGAAGAAGGAGAAGAAGGAAAAGAAAUUCAAUUUCACAACGGGAAGUGGCCUUGCCGGUAUUCGAGGGUUUGGUUAG